GCUUAGUAGAUUAGUAACAGUUUCAAUAACAUGACGGGCUAUAAUUAUUUCUUAUUAAUAACAGUUUUACUUCCAAUCGCAUACUGCGAGAGUACAACCGAGAGUACAGAGAAGUUACUUGAGACGUACAGAAGCUAUAUCAACGCGUCGCUCGAUCUGGACCGCAGCGACCGGCUGGUGAUGAGGAACUGGAGCAGUGACUUCCUGCUGCAGCUCGUCAACGUCACCUCGCAUUACCGCCUGGAGAUGGCGCGGCACAGGGAUCACAGCUUUAUGGGUAUUAAAGCUAAUCCAAAGUGGAAAGAGUGUAUGAAUUUACAUCAAAACCAGAUAAAUAAAGCGGAAACGACCUAUUUCACUGAAGAGAGUCGAUGUGUGAAAAAUGCUAAUGAGGAGGGAGAUGAGAAAAGACAAUCUGUGAUGCAAAUGGAAAAAGAGAUAAGAAAAUGGCGUAAAUCCUACAGAUACUUGGCAAAUCAAUGCAAUAGUAAGCACCCGGGUGAGGAAGACGCAGCUGGGGAAUGCUUAGUCGAAUAUAUGCAAAAAGACAACUACCAUAUAACGUUUCAAAGGCUGAUGUUACUGAAGUUGGAGUCCAUGUCACAACUGUACAGUCACAUCCUGGCUUCACUGGCGGGCCUAGAGGUUUGUCUGAAGAGGGUCUUAUCUCGGUAUUUGGGCAGCGUUAGAUUGAUUAUGGACAAUUUAAGCCAUUGUUAUAAAAUAAAAAGCUUGUUUAAAUAAACAGCACAAGUUUUUAUAUCAUUUUUAUACUCUCUCAUUUAUUUAUUACUUCUUUUUUUUUAAAAUUUUUAACAAUAUAAGUAUAAAAUACAAAACAUUAUUAAAAAUUUAUAAAAAAAAAUUCACCCUCCCGCUGCGGGACAUACACACGGGCUCCAGAGUGAGGAACCUCCUCACAAUACGCGCCGUCUCAAGAAUCACUGCCUUUUGUAUCCGACUCUUGAUCCAACAGUUAAGCGAAAGCUUCUUAAGGUGUUGGUCGAAGCUUUUCGUUAUAAGACCAUUGACUGAAACAACUAUCGGAACAAUAAUAGUUGACUCAACAUUCCACAUGGCGGUAAUCUCGUGAGCAAGGUCCAAGUAUUUUGAUACUUAUAUCAUAUUGUUACGAACUAGGGUUCGAGGAUUUGGAAUUAAACACCUGGUGACUCGUAUAAGAUCUUAUUCCACUCCCUUAUCUGAGUAUUAAUACACACUUCCAAACGUAGGCAAUUCGUAGUCCAAAAUCGUAGCCGAGUUCACUUGUAUCGCUUGUGUCACCUCGAUGUUCACUUCACUUCGUUUCGAAGUUAAAUGCCACGAGCGUCGUCUCUGUUGCGUAUUUAUGCCCACUCAGACCGCUUCCAGAUAAUUCUGGGCACCCCUACAUGUGUUGUUUAUUCCACGGAGUUCGCCAAAUCAAAACAGGUCGCGAGAGACCUACGUAUCGAGGACCUAGACGAGACGAUCAAGGACCAGGCGGUCCGAGCAUAUGUCCGGACAGAAACGGCGCUACAUCCGCAUAUAAGGAACAUAGCGCCGUGGCACGCUCGCCCACCUGAUAAGAUGGCUCUACCCAGGGACAUCCUAUUAGACAACCAAAAGAGAAGACCGAGCAUCAACGCAGCUUCAAACUAAGGCAAAGAAAGGAAGACCACUCAACCAAUAAUGAAAAGAGCAGAAAAUGAGGAGAAGAAAAGUAAAUAACCCCUACUCUUAGGGGCACACCCAAGGACCAUAGUGUCUCUACACUAUGCGAUGAAUGGCCACACGCAGGGGGCAUUCGCCCCGAUCGUGUUUCCCCCGAGAAGAAAAUACAAAUCAAAGCAAUAACAUAUAACAAUAGACAGGCGAUCUAAACAACUCAACUUGUAACAACUCGAUAGGGCGAGCGAUUAUAAACCCUUUGUCUGUAGUAAUGGGGUUAUCCGUAACAAUAAUUUCCAAAAAAAAUCAUUAUAUUAGUUAAAACUGCUGUUAUGAGUAAAGCUGGACUCUAUGUCACAGCUGUAGUCACAUUCUGGCUUCACUGGCUGGCUUAGAGGUUUGUCUAAAAAGGGUUUUAUCUCGGUAUUUGACCAGCUUUAGAUUGAUUAUGGAC